AUGUUAACUGCAUAUGAACUGAAUAUCAAAGCCACAGAUGGAGGGGGACUGUCUGCUUACUGCAAAGUCCAGGUGGAUAUUGAGGAUGAGAAUGACAAUGUUCCAGAAAUAACCCUAUCGUCUGUCACUAAUCCCAUACCAGAAGAUUCUCCCCCAGGAAUAGUGGUGGCCCUCUUUGGUGUAAGAGAUCAAGACUCUGGAGACAAUGGCAGAACUACCUGCAACACUGACAAAAACCUGCCUUUUAUAUUAAAACUGAUUGAGAACAAUUAUUACCAGCUUAUGACUCAACAGCCACUGGACAGAGAACAAAUGUCACAAUAUAACAUCACCAUCACAGCCACUGACCAAGGUUCUCCCAGACUCACUUCAAUGACAGUUAUUAGCAUUCAACUUUCAGACGUCAAUGAUAACCCUCCAAUGUUUGAAAGAUCUUUCUACGAUUUGCACUUGAGGGAAAACAACAUUCCAGGAUUGCUCAUUGGAUCAGUCCACGCUGUGGAUGUGGACACAGAACAAAAUGCCAAACUGACCUAUUGGCUUUUGCCUGGAAAAAUCAGGGAUGUCCCCGCAUCAUCUUACAUCUCCAUCAACUCCGAAACCGGGAACCUGUAUGCCAUCCGAUCUGUGGAUUAUGAGGAUAUACAAGAUUUCCAGGGCUCGCCUCCACUGAGCUCAGAAACCAUGGUCCGAGUUCUUAUCAGAGAUGAAAAUGACAACGCCCCCUUCGUCCUCUGCCCCCUUCAGAACAGCACUUCUCCAUCAAAGGAGCUGGUUCCCAGGGGAGCAGAGACAGGCUACCUGGUCACCAAAGUGGUGGCAACGGACAGGGAUUCAGGGCAGAAUUCUUGGCUUUCCUAUCAAUUGCUGAAGGCCACAGAUCCGAGUCUCUUUGCUGUUGGGACUCAGAAUGGGGAAGUGAAAACCACGAGGCCGGUGAACAUCCGAGACAGUUUCAAACACACUCUUAUUGUGGCAGUUAGGGAUAAUGGGCAUCCGCCUCAGUCUGUCUCUGCGACCCUAAGAAUUCUUCUAGUGGACGGCUUCUCUGAUCCGUACAUGAAAAUUAUGGAUAAUCCUAAGGGUGAAGUCCCGCAGGAGGAAGAUCAUACUCUAACCAUGUAUUUGAUUAUCUGCUUGGUUGCCAUCUCAUCCAUUUUUCUGCUUUCAGUCAUGGUGUUUAUUGCCACCAAGUUUCAGCAGCGAAGGAAGUUCAUAGGAAAUUCUCAUUCUGCAUCUCAUUUCCCCGUGGGACACAAUUUGCAAGAAAACUGUGGAGAUCGUACUUCUGAGGCAUAUUGCCAGGCCUACAAUUAUGAAGUAUGUUUAGCUGGUGGAUCUUUAAAUAGUGAGUUCAGAUUUCUCAGGCCAAUAUUCCCUAUUUUUUCAAUGGAUCCAAAGAAUUCAACAGACUCUCAGGAUACCAAAACUCAUGUCAAGGAAGAUGAACUGAUGUCUCAGCAUGUGGUGGAAAAACAGACUUACACAAACUCACUGAUCCUUGUAAGUGCCAUCAUUCAAAUGGUGUCACACAACUGA